UGGGCGAUUAUCAGGUGACUUCGGAAUUGAAUGGGUUUUAUCCACCUAUUGUGAACGACCAUACUGUGGACUCUUCUGCCUAUUGCGACUCUGACAAAACAAAUCUUCAGCUAGCCAGCUUCUUGCCCGCCACAUUGGAAUUUUACCGUCUAUAUGCAGAGCUUGUUCGUUCUCUUUCUUCAUCUUUUUCCACCAACCAGUCGAAUCCAUUGGCCCACUCUCCAUCUACCCGAUCCUCUUCUUCGGCUAAUCUCGAAGCUUUGGUAGCUGUGGCUGCCGUUGCGGCUGCAUAUAGAAUGGCCCCAUCAGAACCAUCUGAUCAUAAGUCACUUCCAUUUUCUAAUCAAGGCCCGAUUACUUCCGAAACUAUACCAUCUAAAAUUUCAGAGGUUGCUUCCUUGGAGCCAAUAGGAGCCAAUAAAAAUGAAUUAUCUGAGUUAAACUUCUAUCGCUGUGGCGAAAAUAAACGACCUAGGUCUAUACUUGAUGGCAAUAAAGUCAAAGAGGAAAAGGAUAUUAUGCUGGCUAAUGAAGAUGAAAAACAAAAUGAAAAUAAAAUGGAGUCACAACUCAAAUCAACGGAUCUAUUUGAUUCACCGGUUAUACGUAAAGCCCUCUUGCAAGCAUUUUCUGCAGCGCGAGCUGUCCUAGAAGAGGAAAAGUUCCAACUUCCUUUAUCCAUCCCCUUAGUAAUAUCUCAAAAUUCUCAUUCUCUAAAUGCAGGUCAAGCCUCUUUGAAACCGUUUGAUCUCUUAUCGCCUUCCUCUGUACCUGAGUCAAAUCUAUCUGGUACGUGGCCCCUAUACCGGCCUGGAGGCUCAGCUAUAUGCAUGGAUGUGCUAAAAAGAGUGGAUAGUCCAAACGAUCUCCAAACUUCAUUAUAUGCUAAUUCGGGUAACUUUUUAUCAAUUGGCCUUUUAUUUUCACUUUCUUUGAUCUAUUUUACCUUUAUUUCAGCACAGAGCUCAUGA